GUUUUCCCGAUGUGCCCCGAGCCUGCCAGCGCCUGAGUGCAGCGCCCCCACCCCCACAGUACGGGGCCAACCUCACCGCUGCCUCCCACUCCUGCACUGCCACAUACCGGGGGUACGAGGGAACUAAGCGCCCAGCGCAUCUGCCACACAGCCAGAGUCCGGAGCCGGGAGAGCCAAACCUCGGGUCCCCAGAGUUCUCUGCCGUCAGUGCCUCCCCUAUUCCCAGCAGGUACUGGGAGAUCCGGGUCAGUGGGGUGUGCAUGCCACUUGUUCCCCAUCGUUGUGCCCAUCUGAGUGUGCCCGGGGCUGGCAGUGCCCGCUGCAGGAGGAGGCGGAGGAGCCAUGCAGGCGCGCUACUCGGUGUCCAGCCCCAACUCCCUGGGAGUCGUGCCCUACCUCAGCGGGGAGCAGAGUUACUACAGGGCGGCUGCAGCUGCGGCGGCGGCAGGAGGAGGCUACACGGGCAUGGCUGCCCCCAUGAGCAUGUACUCCCACCCCGCGCAUGAACAGUACCAGGCCGGCAUGGCCAGAGCCUAUGGGCCUUACACCCCCCAACCCCAGCCCAAGGACAUGGUGAAGCCCCCCUACAGCUACAUCGCCCUCAUCACCAUGGCCAUCCAGAACGCCCCUGAAAAGAAGAUCACCCUGAAUGGCAUCUACCAGUUCAUAAUGGAGAGGUUCCCCUUCUAUCGAGACAACAAGCAGGGCUGGCAGAAUAGUAUUAGGCACAACUUAUCCCUCAACGAGUGUUUUGUCAAGGUGCCAAGGGACGACAAGAAGCCGGGUAAGGGCAGCUACUGGACCUUGGACCCGGACUCGUACAACAUGUUUGAAAAUGGCAGCUUUCUGAGGAGGAGGCGCAGGUUCAAGAAAAAAGAUGUGGUCAAAGAUGCCACUAAGGAGGACAAAGAUCGGCUCCUGAAAGAGCAUCAUGGCAGCCAGCCCGCAGCCGCGCAACAGCAGCGCCAGCAGCAGCAGGGCCAGGCCCAAGCGGAGCAGGACAGCGGCUCCCAGCCGGUCAGGAUCCAGGAUAUAAAGACCGAGAACGGCACCUCGUCUCCUCCCCAGGCCAUGUCUCCUGCACUCAGCACGGUGCCCAAGAUAGAGAGUCCGGAUAGCAGCAGCAGCAUGUCCAGUGGCAGCCCCCACAGCAUCCCGUCCAACAGGUCCAUGAGCCUGGAGGCUGCAGAGUCUCACCACCCGCACCAGCAGCACCACCACAGCCAGGGCUUCAGUGUGGAUAACAUCAUGACCUCCCUCAGGGGGUCCCCGCAGGGCUCAGGAGAACUGCCUUCUCCCCUCAUCUCCUCUUCCAGGACAGGUAUCGCCCCCUCCUCCCUACUCACCUACUCCCCAGGCCAGGGCUCCAUCUACAGCCCCCCCUGCAGUCAGGGCACAAGCAGCGGCGGUGGGGCAGGGACCUAUCACUGCAACAUGCAGGCCAUGAGCUUGUACUCUGGGGACAGGUCGGGCCACUUGACUCCUGCCAACACCCCUGCAGCUACCACGGUGGAAGACACCUUACCUGACUAUUCCAUCACUACCACCACCACCUCUGCCCUGAGCCACGGCAACCAGGAGCACCCUCACCAGGGCCGAUUGCCCUCUUGGUAUCUCAAUCAAGCUGGGGAUUUGGGCCACUUGGCCGGGGCCACCUACCCGGGGCAGCAGCAGAACUUCCACUCGGUGCGAGAGAUGUUCGAGUCGCAGAGAUUAGGAUUGAACAGUUCCCCUGUGAAUGGAAAUAGCAGCUGUCAGAUGUCUUUCCCCCCCAGCCAGUCCUUGUACCGCACCUCGGGGGCGUUUGUCUAUGACUGCAGCAAAUUCUGACCAAAACGUUGAAAACAACUUUUCAAAAUAUUUUUUUUUAAUAGGGAUUUUUUUUAUGAAAGGAAAAACACCCUCCACAUCCAAAAAUAUCCUAUGUGUUAGUUUUGUACAGACAGCAAAUUGUGUCUUGGUUUGUUAAAAUGGGACAGUGUUAAACUCGGAAAAUAACACGUAAGUUCCUUCUGCUUGUGAUACAUGGCAAACUCGUAAGGUAUUAUUUCCCUGUGUUUAAGAGCGUAUAUUAUAUUAUAUAUAUAUAUGACAAGCUUCCAUAGACUUGUUCUCAGAUGUAAAUUGCAAUAUAGUAAUUUAUUUAAAGAAAAAAAUAAAUGUACCAGGAUUGUGUGGACCAAAACGCCCAGCCAGUGGCGAUCAACUCACAUACGAUUAUGUGUCGCAACUUUGGCGUUUUCAUAACAAAAAUUAAGGGAUUUUGUAUCCAAACUAUUUUAUCUAUCAAUUUGUUUUCUUGUUUUGAAAAUAUCCCGAAGGCUCUAGCACCGUUUGUUUCUUAAUAAAUUGCCAUUCGAUUUGAAUGCUA